CAUCUAGCGUUUGUCGAAUACUUAUAUUCUUAGAGCGAAUUUUGAAUUUGUCUUUAAUAUAUUGUUAAUUCUCUUUCGAACCUUUAGCAUUAACUACAGGUAUGGGGACGCACUGUUCAAAAUCCUAUUCCCCCAACAAUGGGGCGAACUUUUCUGGAAGCAAUGACCAGGUCCAACAGCGAGCAACGAUCUCCCGAAUGGAGUCAGUCAAUAACUACGUGGAAUCAGUAGUGUGCACCACAGACGACUUAAAAGAUAAUGAGAUGAAAGUAUUCGACAUCGGCGAGGACGGCAAAGUGUUGGUCGUGAGACAGAAAGGGGAAUUCAGCGCUGUCGGAACUAAAUGUACUCAUUAUGGAGCUCCUCUUGUAAAUGGGGCACUAGGUCAUGGCCGAGUGCGUUGUCCGUGGCAUGGAGCCUGCUUUAAUUUGAAGACUGGAGAUAUAGAGGAUUUCCCCGGUUUCGAUUCUCUGCCGUGCUAUCAAGUUACCGUUUCUGAAAAGGGAGAAGUUAAGGUUCGCGCAAAGAUCAGCGACCUAAAGGCAAAUAAGAGGAUUAAGGAGACAAAUCCAGCCAUCUCAUUAUCUGAUGACAACUGUGUAGUGAUUGUGGGCGGGGGACCAUCCGGGGCCACUUGUGCUGAAACACUCCGCGCAGAAGGCUACUCCGGACGCGUCGUUCUUGUCUGUAAGGAAAAUUAUCUGCCCUACGACAGACCUAAAGUCUCUAAAAUAGGUACUUCAACAGAUAUCGAAAAACUCCAAGCCCGCUCCAACGAUUACUACAAAGACGCCAAGAUAGAAAUUCUUAAAGGCGUUGAAGCGACUAAAGUUGAACCCAAAGAAAACACAGUCCAGCUCAGCAAUGGUUCUUCAUUGAAAUACAGCGCGCUUUACUUAGCCACAGGUUCUAAGCCUCGAGUUCCUGAUAUCCCUGGCAUAAAUCUGAAAAAUGUGUUCACUGUGAGAAACUUCGACGAUUCUAUGAAUAUUCUAACGACAUUGGGAGAAAAUAAAGAUCAGGAUGUUGUUGUUCUGGGUCUCAGUUUCAUUGGUUUAGAAGCAGCCUCGUCUUGCAACGAUAAAGCGAAAUCUAUGACUGUGGUCGGUAACGACACGGCGCCUCUUGGCAGAAUUUUCGGAAACGAAAUAGGUCAGAGCCUUCAGAAACUGUUCGAAAGUAAAGGAGUCCAAUUUCAGUUCCAAACGUCUAUUGCGAAAUGCAAUGGCGAGAAUGGCGUGAUAAAAUCAGUAGAGUUGGCAAACGGAACCGCAUUACCAGCUGAUAUACUCAUUUUGGGCGUGGGAACAACCUUCUAUACGGAUUUUUUGAGAGAUAGCGGUAUUGCAAUGGAAUCUAACGGUGCGAUUGACGUUAAUGAGAAGCUGGAGACAAACAUAAAGAAUAUUUAUGCGGGUGGUGACAUUGCAAAAGCUCCAGUCUUUGCCGCUGGUAAUGUGAAAACGAGUAUAGGCCACGUUGGUUUGUCGCAGUACCAUGGCCGCAUAGCAGCUCUUAACAUAAUGACUAAAGAUACUCCUCUGCGAACAGUUCCAUAUUUUUGGACUAUGUUGUUUGGUAAAUCCAUCCGAUAUGCUGGCACAGGUACAUCAGCAAGCACCUUAAUCGAUGGCGAUGUCGAUGAGCUGAAAUUCGUGAUUUUCUUCUUCGAUGCUUCCGACAAGGUGAUCGGCGUAGCGUCAUGUAUGAGGGAUCCCGUCGUGUCUCAAUUUGCUGAAUACGUUUAUCAAGGCAAAUCGCUAUAUAAGAAGGAUCUUAACAACGACCGUUUUGCGUGGACAAAGAAUAACAACUAAAGUAUAAUCUCAGUAUUUAUUGAUCUAUAAGUAUUAUUAUAACUAUUUGUAGUUGGAGACAAUAUACUACCGUAACUUUAAUUUUUAUUGGUAAGAAAAUAGUAUUCGAUAAUAUUUAUUGUCGUUGUUAGAACAAGUUUUUUUUUGUGAUACAGUUAUCGUCACACGUUGAGGUAUUAUCUCAUAUGAUUUGUAAUAGUGUAUUUUUAAAAUUCAAUGUAAGCAAGAAAGUAGUUCUAGAAUGCAGCCUAUCUCAUAAACACCUAAUUAAAUAGGAAGUUCAUUUUCGUCGAAACGAAGUACAAAUAUAACAAAUGAUGUCACGUGAUCAUUAUAUCCUAUGGAAAGCUUGGUGCCUUAUUCGCAAUAAAAUUUAGCACAUUCUGAAUACAGCUGUGUAUGAAGUAAAAAUGUACUAUAUUGAUCUGGACCAUUUUCAUGAAAAACAGCAUGUAGGUGACUUGCCUACUUUGUAUUUUUUGUAGGUAUUAAAAAAACGUCUUUUAAGAAUAAUACUAGCCUAUAAGAUGCAUUUUAAUGCUUUAUACUCAAGUUUACAAAUGUAUACAAGCUUAUAUUUAUGUAUUUGUCAUAUUAUUAUAGCAUAAAACAUUUUUUCCUCUUCGAGUAGAUUUGUGUACAAGUGGUGCGACAUAUAAAUCUCGUAGGUAUGUAUAAUUGCAUACGCAUCCUGUUUACGGAAGUUUUCACGCUAGAGUACGAACUUGAAUAAUCUUGUACGGCUAAAGAGUAUCGCGAUCUGAAUGGCUCCACAGCUUCUGGACUCAAGUAGUUCUCAACUUCAAGUAGUGUUUGUUACGUAAAGUAUAUUUUUCAAAAUUUGUGUGAAAGUAUGAAAACGCGCGGUUGGACCACCACCACCACCACCACCACUUUUCCCGAGUUAUGAUGGACUAUUCCAGCCAUCUACAUUGUCAACCUUCAUCGAUUUCUAAUUUUUUACAAAAGAUUUCUACAUAAAAAAUUCAUUGCUAAAGUUUAUUGUAGCAGUGCUAUUUUAUAGAUUCACAGUUUGUUUCGUCAAAUAUUCAGUUUUUUGUGAGAAAUCAUGGACUGAUAUCUGAUAUGUUAAUGUCAUUUUGCGGGAGGAUUAUAAUUGUCUAGUGAUAUUUGUUGUUUAUAUCGACUCAUCCGUAGAACAAAGGCCUAUGUGCAAGACUGCUUAUUCUCAGAACAUUCUACAUUUCGUUCGUUGUUCUUCGCUGUGGAUAUCAGAUCG